AUGCAAGAAUACUUGAAGAAAAAGGAUGAUCAGGCUUUUGAUCUGGGAAAGGUUGGACACUAUGACAACAAGGGGUUUGUCAGUAAGCCUACAAUGACGCCCAACCCAACUCAGAAUUUACCUGAUACCAAAGAAGAUCCCUACGACUAUAUCAAUUUCGACUAUGUAAAGUGUUCUGCUGACAAGUUACUGACAGAAGCAUCAACCUACGCUGUGAUCGGAGGUGUACAACCAUCAAAUCCUGGACCAACUGCAGCAGCUACAGAACCAUCAAAGAAGAAGACUCGCCUGGUGAUAAUUGUUGUAGUAGUACUUGUUUUGGUUCUGCUCGUAGCCGCAGUCGCUUCAUUGACUACUGUGGUUCUCAAAGAAGGAAAUACAAGCAAAAUUGUGGGGAAUCCUCCAAUUAACGGAAUUUGGACUGACUGGCAGCCAUGGAGUGCCUGUUCUGUUACUUGCGGUAACGGUACCGUGAUACGCAGCAGAAACUGUGACAAUCCUCCUCCCUCAUUUGGUGGAAAUGACUGCGAAGGAUCAGCAUCAGACACACAGAACUGUACGCUUACCCACUGCCCUGUGAAUGGGAAUUGGAGUGAAUGGCUUCCCUGGAGUUCUUGCUCUACUUCUUGUGACGAUGGCAUCAUAACCCGCAAUAGAACAUGUGAUAAUCCGUUCCCGGCGUUUGGUGGCGAGGUAUGUGAAGGUAACGAUACUGACGACCAAGAAUGUAUGCUAAAACACUGUCCCAUUGACGGAAACUGGAGUUCCUGGCAGAACUGGAGUGCUUGUUCUGCCACAUGUGGUGGUGGUAUGAGGAAUCGAUCGAGGGACUGUGAUAAUCCUCCUCCUAAACACGGAGGCCAAAACUGUGUUGGACCUGCCUCUACCACGUCAACCUGUGGCGAUGUUUCCUGUCCCCCACCUGGUACCUGGGGCACCUGGUCUGAAUGGACUGACUGUUCUGCUUCGUGUGGUGAAGGGACGUUACAUAGAAAUAGGGAUUGUGACGACUCUGCUGGCGGGAAAUGUAUUGGGAUGAGUUUUGAAACAAAAACUUGUAAAGAAUUGACGUGUUACGAUAGUUGGGGAGACUGGAGUGAUUGCAGCUUCUCUUGUGGAACUGGAAUAAGGAUCAGGAAUAGGACAUGUGAUGGCAAAUUUACCGGAGAGGAAUGCGGGAGUCACAUUCCGACGUUUACAGACACGAAGAAAUGUGUCAACACAGACCUGUGUGAACAAUCUUUUUGUGCUAGCAGAAAAGCGAAUUGCUCGUACAGUCAUCCUAACGGAUGUCAUAUGUUCAUUACAUGUGACGCAGGUAAGAAUAUGUACCAGAAAACUUGUAAUGUGUUGUUACGGUACAAGGUUAAGGAUGAGGACAAAUGCAGCGGGGACUGUGUCUGGAAAUCGUCUUUCCCAUGUUCAUAG